GAGUUACUAGUUCAGUACAUGAGUGAAGGGGAGAAAUUAAGGAUGGAUGAAUAAGUUGAUGACGCAUUCACCAUCUUUCAUUCAUAGUAGUACAACUACAGCAACAGCGAACGUAAAGCAAAAUCAGUAGUAUCUAGAGACGAGUAGAGACUAGAGUGCAGAGACCGAGAGAGAGCAUCUUAAGCAAUGGAUGAGCUGAUUGUUUCAUCCCCAUCUUCAUCUUCCAUGGUAUCUUCCUUGCCUCAAGAAAGCCGGCCAAUUAUUACUACUACUGCCAGUUCUAGCCUUCAACUCAAUCUUCAAUACAUCCUUCAGACCCAGUCAGAUUGCUGGGCUUAUGCCAUUUUCUGGCAGAGUUCAAAUGACCAGAGUGGACGGGUGGUGUUAGCUUGGGGAGAUGGCUACUUCCAAGGGACCAAAGUCGUCGAUGAUGCCCCCCAAAACAACAACGGCAACGACCCCAACAAAUACAACACCACCGCCACUACGGGCUGCGGAUCUGGCUCUCAAUCCGAGAGGAAAAAAGUGAUGAAAGGAAUUCAAGCUUUGCUCGGUGAGACCCCAGCUGAUGGCCAAAAUGAUGAUGGCUCUGUGGACUGCGACGUCACCGACGCGGAAUGGUUCUACGUCAUGUCCUUGGCUCAAUCUUUCUUCGCGGACGACGGAGCCCCUGGCAAGGCCUUCAGCUCAGGGAACUUGGUCUGGUUAACUGGCGGUCAGCAACUCCAGUUUUACAACUGCCAGAGAGCUAGAGAAGCUCAAAUCCACGGCAUCGAGACACUGGUUUGCAUCCCGACGGCUGGAGGGGUACUGGAGCUGGGCUCCAACGCUUUGAUCCAAGACAUAAACUGGGGCUUGGUGCAGCAAGCCAACUCUCUGUUUGGCCCAGCGGCAGACGUAGGCGUAGGUGUUGCUGAUGCUGCUGCCGCUGCUACUACUCGUCUACUGCUCACAACAAAACAACAAGAAGAAGCGCCUGAAUCCGUGGACGACGAGAUGCUGGAAGGCGCCAUAUCUUUCGCUGAUUUCGGCUUGGUUAUGGGGGGCAUCCCCUUGCAUAAUAGUAGUAAUCAAGAAGAAGAAGAGGAGGACGCAGCCACUGCGGGGGCGGAGAGCAAAAAAGAUCAUCAUCGCUAUCAUCAUCAUCACUAUCAAGAAGCAAAAAAGGCAAAAAAGAAAGGUGAACAUGAUGAUAAUCAUGGCAUUGGGCGACGUGGGACGUCGCAGGUUUCUUCCUUUCUAGAAUCCUCCGACUCGGACUGUGUGGUGGUGGUCGAGACAACAACGAGGAGUCAUCAGGUGGAGAGAAAAGGAGGAGUAGGAGGGAAGAAGAGAGGACGAAAGGCAGGGACGGGGAGGGAGACACCGUUAAACCAUGUGGAAGCGGAGAGGCAGCGGAGGGAGAAGCUCAACCACCGGUUCUACGCGCUGCGCUCUGUGGUGCCGAACGUGUCCAGGAUGGACAAAGCGUCGCUGCUUUCGGAUGCGGUGGCUUACAUCAAGGAGCUGAAGGGGAAGGUGGAUGAGUUGGAAUCACAGCGGAAACGGAUCGAGGGCAACAAGAAAUCAGUGAAGAUAGAAGUGGCGGAUAGCAAUGGUAAUACCACGGAUAACCAUAGCACCACGACUGCAUCAUCGUCGGUGCCAGUGGAUCAAAGAAUAACGAUACCCAAGUCCAAAAAGUCGUGCUCAGGGGGCGGGGGAAUGAGGAGCAAUGUACAAGUUGAAGUGAAGAUGGUCGGGACAGAUGCCAUGGUGAGGGUUCAAUCCGACAGCAGCGGUUACCCGACAGCCAGGUUAAUGGAUGCAAUUCGAGAUCUGGAACUACGAGUCCAUCACGCCAGCAUGUCCCACGUCAACGACCUCAUGCUCCAAGAUGUGGUCAUCAGGGUUCCUCCUAAUGGAGCCUGGGCGAGUGAGGAGGGACUCAAGGCCGCUCUGCUGGGGAGAUUCUUGGGUACUGACGAUCACUAGAAUCAAUUUUACUCGCUACUCUGCCUACCUACCGAAGCUGCUUAAUUUAGCCGGCUCCGCCGCAGUUUAUUAUCUUUUGCCGUUAAUUAAUCCACUGAUGUAAUGUAUAUAUGUAUAUGUAUAUGUAUGUAUACGUCGGCGGUUGGAUCGCGGAUCAGGGACGGGCGUUCAUGUUAAUUUGUUCUUCUUCCUUUUUGGUUUGAUGAUUAUGUAAAUCGUCUUUGGUGUUGAAGCAGCUUUGCAGGAAGGGAGCUGUCGGUCUGUGCAUUUAA